AACUAUGUUGCUACCCAAAUUUACUGUCUUCACAAAGUAAAAGAAAUAUAAUACUUUUUCAAAUUAGGCUUAUUUUUAUAUUUUAACUGGACAAUUCAUUCUUUCGUUUUCGGUUAUAUGCCCAGUAUAAAAUUUUGCUGAAGUGAUCAUUUAUGAUUCAACACAAAAACUCAUGCCUCCAAAGAUCCACUUGACAAAAAUGUUAGAUUUCCAUUCUAACUGGCCAAUAAACGUUCGAGAUUUGAAACGUGCAGUUUUGCAUAGUGUAGUCAGUAUUUAAUGUCCCUGAUCAGAUAUAAAAAUAAAUUUGAUUAUUUCGUGACAAAGACAAAAACAUGAUUUUUGUCUUCAAUGUUCGGUCUGCAGUCGGUUUUUUUUAUCGUCUAUAAUUUUACACUUUCUGUAUCAGUACUGAAAAGGGCUGGGCGUUACCAGUCGUAUGCCUUCAUUUAAUAUAUAUUGAUCAUUUAUAUCAUUAAUAACAAGCACAAUUGGAGCUGUAAUAACAAUAAUAUUAAUAAUCGUAGUCAUCAUCAUUGUAAUUACCACGUGACUGGAUAGUGAAGUAACAUUCCAACGCGACAGAUCCGUCAGAUAUCUCUUAAGCUCUGAGAUAAGCCAUAAUCGAAGUUACAUCGACAUUUAUAAUAAAAUAGGAAACGUCCCUUAAUUGGGGAAUAAUGUGUCGGUCUAUCUUUGGCAAGAGGUGCCACUGAUGAUGCUGACCCGCUGUCGUUGAUUAUUGCUUUUGGUACGCCAGUAAACUAAUACUUCCACUUGUAUACGGCUGUCCGACUUUGAAGGAAAAGCCCAAAACCUCUGGGGAACCCUUAGGUACUCAUCAUUUUGCUUCUUUUUGGUCGUGUGAACCCUAGAAUUUUCGUAGCGAUGUCAAGAAAACCGGUACUCCAGACAAAGAGUUCUCUAAAGGUAAAAAGUUUUUCUCUCGUAGUGCCUCAGGUUACUAUCACCUUAUCAGUACUAUCCAAGUUAAUUUCUAAUUCAGUGACUUUAACAAAUAUAAAUUUGAUUUCCCAUGUGUCAAAAAGUUAAGUCUCAAUCAUUGCAAUUGUGAAUCAACAUCGAAGUACAUUAUAAAGAAGCCAAAUAUGUUGUGGCUCUUCAAUUGAAAAAAAAAAGCCAAAAUCAACUGAAACUAUUUAAUCUGUUUCACGCUGCCGCAUCCAUUGGAAGCCCUCCCACCCGAAAUUCUCUACGGUUCUCAAUUUCGUACAUUCUACAGUAAAAUAAUGGCUUACGACAGUAAAUCCGGCUGCUUCUACGUGCAAGUCCUAUUUUCCUUUUUGGUCGUAUCAAGUCACUGUAUUAUAUGACAUAAUGUGCAGAAUUUUCUUUUCUUUAACGAGGGCAACUAAGCGACCAAAUUCAACAAUCGUGCUCAACCUAAGUCAUGGACAACUCAGGCCGAAAUCCAAGAAUAAUUUGGGACUAUGCUCCUUAUAUGAAGAAACGAAGUAGAAGGAAUCUGCGCGCAUCGAUCUUUAAUUUAAAUUCAGCAAAUCUUGAUCCUUGCAUAAUACCAGUUACACCAUCGGAGCUCUUGUGUUUGCUCCUUGAAUAUCUAUUUUGACCGCUGUGAAUUAAGCUGCUGAACAUGAGCACAGCGCAGCCCGAAGACGACCGCAGUGGUGUGCAAACGGACGAUUGGACGUUUCAUGAAAUGUUUAGAUUUUAGACAGAAUCAAACCACUAUUUAGCAAAGAAGGCGUACAAACGAAAGCGUGAACGUUUAGCACAAGAGGAGCUAUGAAGAUCUUCGUUGGAAUCGAGGGUGGAGCUUCGUGUUCUAAGUCUAUUUUAGUCCAGGAGAACGGCACUGUAUUAGCGAAAGCAAGCGGCCUGUCACUAAACUAUCUCCUGGAUGGGAUCGAUGUUGUUUUCAAAAGAAUCAUAGAUCAUAUCAACGAGUUGAAAAAAGGCUCGGCCAUUGAGCUACAUACAACAAUCGCCAGUAUUGGAUUGUGUAUGAGCGGCUGUGAAGACGAAUCGGCGAAUCGCAGAUUUGAGAAGAAGUUUCUUGAAACAUAUCCAGAAAUUGCUGAGUCAGUUACUGUUGCAUCCGAUGUGAUUGGCUCAAUCAAAACCUGCGUUCCGGAUGGCGCAUUAGUUCUCAUAUCCGGCACAGGGUCCAAUUGCUUCCUUCUCAACCCUGAUGGCAGCCAAGCUCGCUGCGGUGGCUGGGGACAUCUUUUAGGUGACGAAGGCUCUGGAUAUAUGAUCGCUCACCGGGGUAUCAAGACAAUUAUCGAUCAUGAUGACAAUUUGCGGAGGAGUCCUUACGACAUAGAACCCCUACGUAAACUUGUGUACGAUUACUUCAAAAUUUCAAGCAAUUCAGAGCUGCUGCCUAUUUUUUACAUUCACUUCAAGAAAUCGUACGUGGCAGGACUUGCUGAGAAGGUGGCCGACUUGGCAAGAUCUGGUGACGCAUUGUGUAAAGCUCUUUUCCAUUCUUUAGGCGUCGAUUUGGCUGAAUGCGUAAAGGCCGUAAGAGCAAAGAUUUUCAGGGACUUCUUUAUCAGAAAAGGAGGACUGCCAAUCAUUUGUGUAGGAUCCGUCUUCCGCUCGUGGGAUCUCAUCCGGAAUGGAUUUUGUGACGCACUUCAUGACUUAUUUGAUGAGUUUACUUGUUACCGACCAACUGUCGAUUCGACCAUUGGAGCUGCGUAUCAUGGAGCAACCGCUGCCGGACACAAUAUUCACAUAAACUUCGCGAACAACUAUCGAACUAUAUACAACCAUCGUGCGCCGACUAGGCUUCAAGAUGCAUGAACGGAAUGCAAAGCCUAGCCGAAUGCUGAGUCACGUUCAAAGGCUCAGCUCUGUCCUUCGGACUGGGUCAUAGGUCAGUCAUUACGUGAUUAAUGUCUAAAGCUAGAUCAGGCCCUCUUUUUGUCUAAUAUAUUAUUAGGGGUAUCUAUAUAUGUGCAUCAAUUUGUAUAUAUCCGAACGUUGAUCUUGUGCUGCUAUUAUUAUUCCACCCGGGAUUUUGGGUUUAUAUAGGCACGGAAAAUUAGAUAUACGCAUGCAUCAUUGUAUGCGAAUGCUUUGAAGCUUCCAUUUGGUCGAAGACCUGGUCGUAGAUUUAAAUAAAGAAGGUAUACACUUCAUGUUACUCAAGUUAGGAUACCUUUUUUUAAAGAAGAAUUCACUUGUCGUUUUGGAAAUGAAAUCAAUGUUGUUUCUUUAUUUAAUUACACUCGUCAAAUGUUUUAGAACGCCAAUUCACAUCAGAAUCGAAAUUAAUCAAUAAUAUACGACCAACCCACAGCGACAUGCAGAGCUGAUACUUGAAGCAGUAUACGGCAGAGGUUUCUAUGUGUAAGCGCAACAUUCAGCGCACACGUAAAAAUAUAGGUAAAAAAUUAGGCGAUAGUCGAUUUAGAUGUCCCUAUAAUUCAUAGUUAAUGCCAAUUAGAUACGGAUAAAGUUCAAUUUCGUGAGAUCGAAAUCUAGAUAUGAAGCGCCCACUAAUUCGAUAGCUAUAUGAAGUUUCGAAAUUGUCCACGUUACCUUAUACCCCUAGUUAUCAUACUCUCAAUAAAGCUCCAAGAAAUACAACCAUUUGAAUGGAGCUCUCCGCCGUUGCAUAUUACGAGAGUUUUGGGCCACGACAAGAUACAUAUACAGUAGUCAUUUUGUUUUCUGAAAACAGGUUACCUAUUAUAGUGUGCGGUAUGGCCAGCAUGACCUGCUUGAAGCACAGUCUGUUCCGCUGUUUCAUUACGAUUACGUAUCUGAUCUUCGUAAUUAUAAUGCCAUGUAUCAAAUCAAGUAAUCUGGAAGUUUUAUGGAGAUCAGGAAGCAACGGAGCAAGAAGAUCAAGGUAACGUUUGACCAACAAAAAAAAGUCAAAGUGGAUGCGUUGUAUAGUAGUAGCUGGUACUUGUUUGCUUACAUUUAUUACCGAAUGAAAUUAUUACUAUCAUAAAGAAGAUUUAAACUACUUCUAAAAGCAUCGUUAUUUCUUUAUUGCAUCAUCUGUGCAGUUUCAGUAUUUGCCCCGGCAAGAUCUAUGCGAACUCUACUUACGUCCGCUUUAUGCAAUGUUAUGCGAACAGAUCAUGAAGCAGCUGGAUUUGUUGAAAACUUUGCUGAUGAUGUCAUGCGUGUCAUGACCAUUAAUGCAAAUACCUUAACAUAGCGGGAAACAAAGUGACAAAAAUGAGUCUUCAACAUCCCCCACGUAAACAUGCCAAGCAUAUCGUGAGUGCGCCGUUUUUUAAAUAUCUGUCGAGCUCAACUAGAUACUCCGGGUAGCUUUUCGUGCUUGCGGUUCCAUCAUCACCACUUUUAUGGAAGCAAUACGUAUAAUGAUAGAUUCAUUCAUAAGCGGCAUUGCCAAUCACACGGAUUCCCACAUCGGCUAGCGGCAGCUUGCGCCCAACUGUUUGUUGAUCACCGUUAGGAGUAGAAGUAUCUCGACAAAAAACAAUUAAUUUUAUAAUAGAACUAUGGUAGUAUAGUGACAUUUUAAUAUCUUACAUUUCAUUAAGCUUUUCCAAAACAAGACGGAAAGCUUACCCCAAGCCAAAAUAUUGAUUAACUUACAUGAGGCCAAAUUUUGUGUUCUUGAUUUUCGUUAGCACUUGGGCUUGAUAAACGCUAAGUUUAAAAACACUUAAACAAGCGUACUACAGUUGACAGCAAGUAAAUUGUUCCUAAUAUAAGUGCCACUGGAUAUUUUUAGAACACGAUUUAUCUUUAGCUACCACUAAUGCCCGACUAUUUAGUCCCACCAAUUGGCUUGAUAAUAACAAUAAUUGCACUAGCGUCAUGAUGAAUAUAUAUACAUUUAUCGGGGAUGAUAUCGCUUCAAAACGUAGGUCUCCUUUAUGCCGUCUGGGUCACUCGAGGUACAAAUACGAGGGUACGAAGUAACAAUAACACCUCAUUUUUACCUACUAUAAAACACAAUCGGUUGAGUGCGUUUGUAGUAGAUUUCCUAGAAGAUACAAUCAAUCAAUCAAUCCCGACUCCUUCCGUAAAAAGUGAAGCUUGUCCUCAACGCAUGAUACUGCUUGACGAAGCGUUGCUUGGGCUACUAUAAAUGUUCUUCGCCGUUCUUUUUGUCAUCUUUCCCACGUCCUACAGUACCGGCGAUGCGAUGUCUGUACAUCGGGGUCAGAGCGUAGAGAACCGUGAUAGAUCAACAGCACUAUUUCAAAUCUGCAGUUGCGUAUAUCAAAUCUCUGGGGGUCCCAGUGAAGCAUCGGCAAAUGACAUUUUAGAAUAUUCGAUGUCAUACUCAGAUUGUGUUAUCGUAUCUUUCAGCCUGAAAUCAUCAUGAAUGAUAAAUCAAGUGCUUGCUUAAAAGCUAAUGGAGGUUUUUUAAAUGUUUCAGUCCGAUUUAUUUCUCCACAAUUAUAUUAUGUUUUAAUAUAAUAAAAGCUUUAUGUUCUAUAUGUUAGCAUGUAGAACGUAAAGCUCCCUAUCGUCGAUGAAUGGUUAUGUGCCGCGUUAAAUUUUAUUCUAAAUUAAAAUUCGACGAGUAAAUGUCUUAAAAUGGACGGGACUGCACUUUUGACAUUUGAUCGAUUUCGACUUUUGCUCUGGUGCAAGAUCCAUUCAAACAUCCAUGGAUAUGGACUAUAUGCCUGACAGGACAGCGUAGAAGCGAUUUCCUAAAUAUACAAUAAACAUGUUGGACAGAAAAGAUGGAUCACGCAAAUGGCCGACCAUAGAAAUAUGGCUACAUUUAUGUGAUGAUCGUCAAGUGUAUUCGUUUAAUAAGAUUUAGUUAAAAGUUAAAAAGUGCUUCAUCAACUACGCAUAGAGGACAAGUAGGCACGGCUUUUGAUAGCCUCUCGGUAUUACAUACGGCAACGAACAAAGCACAGCAACCUGAGUAAAGUUCCCGCUGGCUACAAAUAAUGACAAUUGAUAUAUUUAUCUUAAUGCGAAAUAGAAGAAAAUAGGUGGCUCCGAGAUUUCCGUUCAAGUAAGACCCUGAUACGAUUGUAGUGUCCUAUUAUUGAAUGAUGCUUGAGAGACACAAAGGAAUCGACAAGGUUUUAGGUAUAAUUCAGCUGCGUGGAGUAAACAAUGGCUCCCAAUAAAGAAAAAGAUUCCACAAACAGGAUGCGAACAUUUCUAUGAGGACAAAUUAGAUAACCUGCUAAAAACAAUUUAACAAAGUCAUAAAUAAUAACAUCAAAUGCAUAAUAAAUUAAUUCCUUAUUAAAAUUCUAGUAAAACACUGUAGUUUUUGAGAUUAAGAUUCCUUAUUGGUAAUCAUAAUAGAUACUAAUUCAAGUAAAUGACGAGUGGAAUUCCUAAAUGGACGUGUAAUUCCUAAGAGGACGUUGUAAGGUAGGGCUACGAAGUUGUGUCAUGAUUAUCAAACGCGUAAUUUGAAGAAGCCUUAUUUAUCUGUGCUUGAACUUGAAGCAGAUGCUGUAGACUAGCACUUAAUGGCCUAAGAUCUUGCUUAUCUAGCUCUACAUAACUAGAACUGUAAAUCCGCGGCUUUCUCAUAAUUCCAUAUUAAAUCUAUUAAAAAAAAAGAUAUAACGUAUAUUUGAAGAAGGUCUCAUCGGUUACAGUCUACGGUGACCAACAAGUUUUCAUAUUGACUUUUCAUAAAAGCCCAUAUUGAACAUUUCAUAUAAACUUCUCAUAUGUUAUAGGUGAUUACUUGAUUUUCAGCUGUUUUUUUCGAGCUAAAGCCAAUGAAGUAAUCGGAGCUAAGUCUACAAAGCUACGUUAAGGAAUCCGGGAAGAUGAACUGGUCGGUUGAUUAUAACCACAUAGGCUUUGAAGUCAUAUGAAAUGUGCAACGGUAGGAACCGUUGUCCGCACGUAAACAAU